UCCCUGCGGGGCGGCGGCGAUGGCGGAGCCGGGGAGAGCCGGCGGGAGCCCCGAGCCCCCCGUGCAGGUGUCUAUCAUUAUGCCUGUUCACAACAGUGAAUGCUGGUUAGAUGAAUGCCUGAAGUCAGUUUGGGAACAAGAUUUUAAAGGAACCAUGGAGCUGUCAAUUUUUAAUGAUGCCAGUAAGGAUGGUUCAGCUGAAAUAAUUGAAAAAUGGAAGAUCAAGUUGGAAGAAGUUGGUGUUUCAGUAAUCAUUGGAACCAACAAUUCCUCUCAGCCUCGAGGUGUUGGAUUUGCUAAAAAUCAAGCAGUAAUUCAGAGCUCAGGAACCUAUCUCUGCUUUCUGGAUUCAGAUGAUGUGAUGAUGCCACAGCGGGUUAGGCUGCAGCACCAAGUUGCCAUUCAACACCCAAACAGUAUCAUUGGUUGCCAAGUGAGAAGAGAGCCACUGGACUCCACUGAACGAUACACUCGCUGGAUCAACAACCUCAGCCAGGAACAGCUCCUUACACAGGUGUUCACCUCCCACGGGCCCACUGUGAUCAUGCCAACCUGGUUCUGCUCUCGGGAGUGGUUUUUCCAUGUGGGGAGGUUUGAUGAGGGUGGAAAGGGUGUCCCAGAGGAUCUGUUGUUUUUUUAUGACCAUCUCCAGAAGGGUGGUGGAGUCCUUCGAGUGAACCAUUGCCUCCUGCUGUACCGGUACCACCCCCAGGCUGCCACUCACUCUGUCCUAGAGGAAACCAUCUGGAAUCACCGAGUCAGGUUCCUUGAGGACAGAGUCCUGAGCUCCUGGACAUCAUUCACCAUUUGGAAUGCUGGCAAGCAAGGCAAGAAACUCUACAGAAGCUUGUCACCAGCUAAUCAGAAAAAGGUAACUGCAUUUUGUGAUGUUGAUGAAAAGAAAAUAACAAAAGGAUUCUACACCUAUGAGGAGUCUAAAGAGAGACCAAAACCAAAAAUUCCUGUGUGUCACUUCAGGGAUGCAACUCCACCCUUUGUGAUCUGUGUGAAGCUGGACAUGACAGGUGGAGCCUUUGAAACAAACCUGGCCACGCUGAACCUGAAGGAAGGGAAGGAUUAUUAUCACUUUAACUAAAGCAAGGUGAGGCAGUGCUGCUCUCUGUGU